UUUUCAUGGAAAUUUGGCAUUUUAUGAAAAAAUGUCAUCUGACAGUGAAGUGAAGACACUGCUGAAUUUUGUGAACUUGGCCUCGUGUGAUAUCAAAGCAGCUUUAGAUAAAUCUGCACCUUGCAGGAGAUCAGUAGACCACAGGAAAUAUUUACAAAAGCAGUUAAAAAGGUUUUCUCAAAAAUAUUCCAGGCUGCCAAGAUGCCACCCAAACAAAGGUAUGGAUAUGAGGAAAGAGCUGAUGGACAAACACAACAGUUUCAUGCAUAAUAAAGUAUUGAAUGGGAAACCCAUUGGAGCAGCAGAGAGAGAAAAUAACCUUGCUGGAAACGUGUGCACCCAGGAAAAUAGUAUUGAUGUUGGCAGACCAGAUCAGGUGCCCAUGAGAAAAAGGCAACUACCUGCCUCAUUUUGGGAAGAGCCCAGACCUUCAUCAAGCCUACUGGGUGAUGGUUGCCCUUCCACACUGGAUAUUAUAUACAAGGAUGCUGAGUCGUCUCUUCCUUUUUAUGAAGCCAAGAGAGGCAAGGCCUUGAGUAUCCAGAGCCCCAGUUCUCUCAGUGCCCACCUCUCAGGAGAGAAGGAAAUUGGAAGGCUGCCCCCCGUGGCUUCCAUCACAGAGUGGGUAAAUGCUUGUGGCUGCUGUCCAUUUCAGUACCACGGACAGGCCAUGUAUCAGCACAGUCACGGGGCGCUUGCUCACAAUCCAUUUGCUGCUCUGACAUUGUGGAGUAAAAACACAGUUCCUACAGUAGAGAUCCAGCACUUGUGCAAGGAGUCAGGACAGAGGAUAUAUAGACACGUGGUCUUAAAACCCAUUCCCACAAAGCCAGCCACCCCCUCUUCGGUGUUCACUAGAUUUGGAUAUAUUUAA